AUGGACGAUAACCAAACAAUGCCCCAGCUACCGGGCGACUGGUGCUUCAACAUGGAAAUGUGGUUGCACAGUGUGGCCACUGCCAACGUUUCGCUUCAAAUGCGCACCAAAUACGCGCACUACAAGCAGUUCAGGUAUGUAGUAUGGCGUGUACAUGGCGUGUAGUAUGGCGUGUAAGCAUUCAGUCAAAAGUAAGAACACCAAAAAGUAUCACCAUAAUCAUGGGAUCUCCAAAACGAAAAGUCAGCGGAAUUUUGAAUUCGGUCAUCCCAGAGAGGUUAUCUAUUUUAUUUCUGUUUUCAUUUCAGCUAUCGCUACAACGGAUUGCUCACCCUAUCCCUCAUCGGUCUCGGCCUGGUGGGAAGUUUGCUGCUUUUGAAACAGGUUCGGGAAUUUGAAAUGAAGGGGUGACUCAUUGGUGUGAACUCAUUCAGAUCUAUGGAUCCCGGGUCUUCUCAAGGCGUCUCGCAGUUCACCUAGGAAUGAUAUGUUUCUGGGAUAUGCUCUACUUGCUGUGUUGCCUUUGUAAGAAUGGGUCUCAACUGAAAACAACAACAUUAUUGAUUAUUGUCUUGCAGCGACCUAUUGUAUCCCCUCUCUCAUUUACCAAGUCACCCCCAUCUACGGACCUUUCUCCUACAUCCUCUUCUUCCUCCAACCGUUCGCCUCCUUCUGUGUCUCCUGCACAAUCUGGCAAGUCUUCGCCAUCACCCUCGAACGAUACCUGGCCGUGUCAUCGCCAUUGGAGCAGCGGACUAGGAAAGCAAAGUUCGGAGUCGGAUGGAUUUGCUUCGCCAUAACCGUUUGCGCAUUCAUUCUCAAUCUCUUGCCAGUUCCGUUUGAAAAUGAGCUUGUAAGUUUGCUAAUCUCGUUGUUCAGACAAAGAUUAGACUUCUGACUUCUCGGAAAGUAAGCCAAUGUUUCAUUGUUCAGGUGGAUUGUUAUGAAAUAAUCUUUGAUGGAAGUGGUGAACCCAUUUUCCGGAAUCACACAAUGAUGAAACCGUACUAUGAUGACCGAAUCAGAAUAUACAGAUUUUGUAAGAAGCUGUCGGAUAACAACCAGAUUAUAUCCAUAUUCAUUCCGUUUCAGUAGUCCAUUUCUUCCCGGACCUCAUUUUCCGCGCCCCGACUCCAAUCAUCGUUAUUGGAACCCUUACAGUCCGCACAAUUCAGGCGUGCAGCCAGAGAAGUGUCGGAAACUUUCAGAUCGGAAUGAGAUUCAACAGGAAUAUGCCACUACGUCUUUCGGUCAGCUUGACGUGCACAUAUUCUUGGGAAACGUUUCUCUUUCAGCUGCUCAAUUUCAAAUUCAUUCUUUGCAAUACUCUUUACAUGUUCAACACAAUUCUUUUGGAGUUGUUGGAGUAUGGAAAUAUGGAGUGCGUCCCCAAAACGAAAUCGAGUUAUCCUACCGUAUUUUAUUUUCAGUAACGGCGAUUACGAUGGCUACAUCAACUCGUUCUAUCUGACCGAUGCUUCCAACAUGCUUCUCGUUGUCCACAGCGCCACCAACUGGCUCCUAUUCUAUAAUUUUCCAAGCUGCAGAGUAAGCUCAGAGUCCACUGAACAUUUUUCAGUCCUACCUUUCUCACGGAAACGAACUCUCAACGGCUUUGUCGUGGGAAUAAUUAGCGGUUGUCCGGCUUCUUCUCUUUUUUCGGCUCAGAGAAAAUUGAUCCCCUCGUACUGCUCUCUGAUUAGUAGCGCUUACGUGUCUUGUGAAGACAGAUGUAGUUGUGCCGACAAUUAUUUUAUUCUCGGAAAACUUCAGUGAUUCAUGACGUUGAAAUAGACAGUAGUGGGGGGAGAGAAUUCGAAAUACAGACAAACUACAUAAUCAGAAGGUCACUCAUCAGUUUGUUUGUGUUUACAGAAAAAAGACGCUGUCAGUAUGACUUUGUCAACUUCAAUCAAGUACAAUUCCGUCAAACAUCGGGUCGCUGAAUACAUCAGCAAGCAAAUAAAUCCGCUGGCAUCUGCCCUUGGUAUAGAUAUUAUUCACAAGGUAACAACAAGAACAGCGACUAGAAUGUAUUAAAAAGAACAUUAGCAAAAACAUUCUCGAUUUCAAUCUAAUGACGUUUUUUACAGCUUUGUGAAGAGAUGCCCGAGGUUAGCGAAGCGGUCAGAGGCAAGUUGGAGAAGGAAAGCGAGCAGCAGGAGCGAGAGACUCUUGUCGGAUUGGAAAUCGGACAUUUCAUCAGAGACGUCUUCAAGUGGUUCGCAGACCGCAACCGACGAGUCUCUCGUAAGGUCAUCUACAAGCAGUACACGGACGCGGCCCUCAAGGCUAAGAUCAACUUCAAGCCGAACCAGUGGAAACUGAUCCGAAGUACAGUAGUCGAUACAAUUGUCACGUACAUGGCUGCAAGUGCAAAAGAAGCCAACGGAAAGAAUGUUGUAUUUAGUGGGAACGACAUUGAGGAGUGCGCGACGCGGGUGUUCAACCAAGUGCUCAGCGAGAUGAGAAGCGGUGUACUUUGCGCAUCCGUCGAGGAAAAACUGAAAGUACGUUCUACCAUAAUCACUAAGAUCACAUGUUUACGUUUUCAGGCGUCCCGUGCUGAUCGCUGUUCAUACACCCGUUCGAACUCCACUACAACGGCGGUCCCAGUCUUCCGUGACCCACCGAGAAAGUCCCAAUCGGUUUCUAUGCGCUUCCAGUACUCGACAUCAGUGGAUAGUGUUCAGCUCAAUGAACAGCAACAACUAAUACACCAUGUAUAA